AUAAAAUCAAUAUGGCUGACAACUGCCGGUCGGUUGGAUUUGUGUUUUGAUGGAAAAAGUAAUUUCACAUUUUGAAUGAAUUUCGUAUUUUAAUAUUAAUAAAUACACAAUACAUCUAUAUUCAAUAACGUAACUGAAAGUCAUGGAAGCACUAAUACCAGUUAUCAAUAAACUUCAAGAUGUCUUCAAUACUGUUGGAGCCGAUGCCAUCCAAUUACCUCAAAUUAUUGUACUCGGAAGUCAGAGUUCCGGAAAAAGUUCAGUCAUCGAAAGCCUCGUCGGUAAAUCUUUCUUACCGAGGGGUCCUGGCAUAGUGACUCGCCGACCUCUCAUAUUGCAAUUGGUGUACAGCCCUAAAGACAGUAAGGAGCAUAGGUCUGCAGAAGAAGGCACAGUAAAUUUAGAAGAAUGGGGCAAAUUCCUGCACACAAAGGAAAGAAUCUAUUCAAACUUCGAGGAAAUUCGCAAGGAAAUCGAAAGAGAAACAGAUAGAAUGGCUGGUAGUAACAAGGGAAUAUCCCCGGAGCCCAUCAAUCUAAAAAUUUAUUCCACAAAAGUUGUCAACCUUACACUAGUAGAUCUCCCAGGCAUCACAAAGAUACCCAUUGGAGAUCAACCCGAAGACAUAGAGAAUCAAAUUAGAAAUCUCAUUGUCAAGCACAUUUCAAAUCCCAAUUCUAUAAUACUAGCAGUUACGGCUGCUAAUACUGAUAUGGCAACAAGUGAGGCUAUCAAACUAGCGAAAGAUGUGGACCCAGAUGGAAGAAGGACUCUAGCAGUGGUCACCAAGCUUGAUCUCAUGGAUGCUGGCACGGAUGCGAUCGAUAUUUUGUGUGGACGUGUUAUUCCCGUGAAAUUGGGUAUCAUUGGUGUCGUCAACAGAUCACAGCAAGACAUCAUAGAUAACAAAUCUAUUGAGGACUCGCUAAAAGCCGAGGCGACGUACCUUCAACGGCGGUACCCGACCAUAGCGACGCGCAACGGUACACCCUAUCUGGCCAAGACACUAAACAGACUCCUCAUGCACCAUAUACGAGACUGCUUACCGGAACUAAAGGUGCGCGUUAAUGUCAUGAUAUCACAGUUCCAAUCGUUGCUCAGCUCGUACGGAGAAGAUGUGUCGGAUAAAUCACAAACUCUACUACAAAUUAUCACGAAAUUCGCCAGCGCCUACUGUUCUACUAUAGAGGGAACAGCGAGAAACAUAGAGACCACGGAACUGUGCGGCGGCGCGCGAAUUUGUUAUAUUUUCCAUGAAACAUUUGGCAGAACUCUGGACUCCAUACAUCCUCUUGUUGGUUUGACGCGCAUGGACAUACUGACUGCCAUCAGGAACGCGACGGGGCCCCGGCCCGCGCUGUUUGUGCCCGAAGUCUCCUUCGAGCUGCUUGUCAAGCGACAGAUCAGAAGAUUAGAGGACCCAUCUUUACGAUGUGUUGAAUUGGUGCACGAGGAGAUGCAGCGCAUCGUGCAGCACUGCGGCACGGAGGUGCAGCAGGAGAUGCUGCGGUUCCCGCGCCUGCACCAGCGCAUCGUCGACGUCGUCACGCAGCUGCUGCGCACGCGCCUGCCCGCCACCAACGCCAUGGUGGAGAACCUAGUUGCGAUCGAGCUGGCGUACAUCAACACGAAGCACCCGGACUUUCACCGCGAGGCGGCGCUAGUGUCGGGGCUGCUAAAGGGCUCCGACCGACCGACACCCUCGCCGCACCCGCUGCAGCCCAGCCCGGUACACAACAUGAUCAAAUUGUUCCUACGGCAAAUGGGCGAAAGAGGGUCCACGUUUGUAUUGUUAGCUAGUUUGUGGGAGAACUAUAAUAAGCACGUUCCCGCUAUAACAGACGGCCACGACCGCUCGCCGCCGCAAGCGAACCACAUCGACGCCCGCUCUGGGUCGCCACAGAUGAACGGCACCCCAGAGAACAAAGUGAUGACUCCGCAGAAACCUGUCAACCUUCUGCCCGAAGUGCCCAUGCAGACCUCCCGUAAGCUCUCCGAGAGGGAGCAACACGACUGUGAUGUUAUUGAGAGAUUGAUCAAAUCGUACUUCUACAUCGUGAGGAAAUCUAUCCAAGACUCAGUGCCAAAGGCUGUGAUGCAUUUCCUAGUUAAUUACGUAAAGGACAAUCUACAAUCGGAACUGGUGACCCAUCUGUAUAAGUCGGACCAGGCUGAGAGUAUGCUCAAUGAAUCUGAACAUAUCGCUCAGAGGAGAAAGGAAGCUGCCGACAUGCUUAAGGCUCUCCAGCGAGCCGGGCAGAUCAUCAGCGAGAUCCGUGAGACGCACAUGUGGUGAUGGUCUCCGGACGACGACUCUAGUCUAACGGAUAGCUGAACGAGCUCAGUUCACGUCCCUAGCCUUCAUACUCAGCCCUUUCGCCUUAAGAGGGAGUUAAUCAUGCUUAUAAGUCAAAGGUGACACCCGAACAACGCAUGCAUUGCAUCACAGACGGCACAAUACGACAAACUGCAGCGGGCUACAUCUCCUUUGAGUGCGAUAGGAAAUAAUGCGCGAUUUAAGUUUUGAGCAUAUAUUACCCAUUUAAAUUGUCGCUUUGACACUUGCACGUAUGAUUCACUGACUUCCUAAUGCGAAUAGGCUGGUUAGGUCUAUAUCGUAACUAAAUUAUGUGAAAAUAAACCACAACCAAGUUUUAAAUACAGCUAUAAUUUUUGGAGGUGUGGUAAUACGCUCGAUAAAUGGUUUCUGAAUGGAGUGUAGUGUAGCAUUCUAUAAGUCAUUGACCGAUAUAUUUUAAAAUAUUUUUUCUUCAAGACGUUUAAGCUCAUUUUUGUACUUACAUGUGCUUUGUAUGUGCUCGACUGCAUUUACGUUUUGCGAAAAGAUGCGUAAACUUAAGAUAUGCACAUUGCACAUACUAAUGAUUUGUACAAUGUUAUGUCAAUGACUACUUACACUUUCUGUUAGUUUAAAUCGUAUUAAAUAGAAAUUUUAUUCUUCACUUUUAUAAUUUAUCAUUUUCUUGGGCGCUCAUGACAAUUUAUACCGACUUUAAUGAGAAAAGUACUCAAUUUGAUUUUUUUAAAUUUCCUAAUUGGUAAGGGAUUGACUAAAAGAAUACUUGCAAUGUUUUUGGUGUCAUCAUUCCCUUUAAAAUAUUGCAAACAUACGAAAAUACCAACCAAAGAUUUGAAAUGAAUGUAUUAAAUUGUAGAUUUUUUUCGAUUAAAAGUCUGCGUACAAAAAUUAUUGAAUAAAAUAUUCCUUUUGAAAAUACGCCAUUAAAAAACACAUCUAUUAUGUUUAACAUUUUCAAAUAUACAUAUAAUCAUAUGAGUUUAGGUAGUCUUAUAAUAACACUAAAAUUAUGCCUGAUGUGACUAAAAUUAGAGUUACAGUAUUCAGGAAAAAUAAUAGGUCAAAUAAUUUGCAAAUAAAAUAUAUAAAUAUGAGAUAAUGUGUUAUUUUACUCAAACUAAAAUGUAUUUGAUAGUGGUAUGCAUUGAGAAAGACAAUUACAUUCGAAGUUGUACAGUCACACAAAUUCUAUCAAUAUUUGGUUAUAACU